AUGAGCAGUGUGGAAUUCUCACUGUUCUGAUCCCUGGACCCCAGCCCAGGUCUCGGCGAUGGUGAAGUGGAGCUAGACUGCUGGUUUGAUGAGGAGUUCAAGUUCAUCCUGCUACCUGUGAGCUGUACAAUUGUCUUUGUGCUGGGCCUGGGCAUCAACACCCCAGCCCUCUGGCUCUUCCUCUGCUGCCUCCGAUCAUGGGGUGCAAUAGCCACAUACAUGUUCCACUUGGCUUUGUCUGACACCUUGUAUGUGCUGCCGCUGCCCGCCCUCAUUUACUAUUAUGCAGCCUGCAACCAUUGGCCCUUUGGCACUGGCUUCUGCAAGUUCGUGUGCUUUCUCUUCCACUGGAACCUCUACUGCAGCAUUCUUUUCCUCAUCUGCAUCAGUGUGCAUUGCUACCUGGGCAUCUGCCACCCACUGUGGGUACUAUACUGGGACCGCCUUUGCCUGGCAGGCCUUCUCUGCCUGGCAGUUUGGUUGGUCAUGGCUGGCUGCCUUGUGCCCAACCUCUUCUUUGUCACAACCAGCACCAGUGGAGCCAGCAUCCUGUGCCAUGACACCAUUUGGCUGGAGGAGUUUGGCUACUACGACUUCAGCUCGGCAGUCAUGGGGAUGCUCUUUGGCUUGCCUUGCCUGGUCACUCAUGCUUGCUAUGGGGUCAUGGCCUGGCACCUGUAUUGGCCCUUGCCUGGAGCUGUCAAUUCAGCUUCUCGGCUCUGUUCUCUACACACCAUCGUAGUGGUACUCAAUGUCUACUGCUUUGUGCCUUUCCACAUCAUGCAGACAAGAUUGGCAGAGGCUGAUUGUUGAGUGCUGAACGUCGUCAAUGUGGUCUAAAAAGUGACUCAGCCCCUGGCCAGUGCUAAAAGCUGCCUGGACCCUGUGCUCUACCUGCUCACUGGGAACAGCUGUCAGUUCCGGCAGCUCUGCAUCACUGGCAGGCCUCAGUCCCCCACAGCUACUUCUUCCUGGCGCUGA